AUGAAGUUCUUCGAGGAAGCCAAGUCUGAUUUCCAGACAGACAGCACUAUCAAUACAGUUCGGGGAAAGGUGGCCUCAGGACUCCCAAGAUUGCCCCAAGCAACCGGACAGUAUCUCAUCGAGAAAGUUCCGAUUGUUCAGUGGCUUCCGCAGUAUCACCCAAAAUGGCUCCUAUCCGACUUUAUUGCAGGAAUGACGAUUGGUGUCAUGAUGAUUCCCCAAGCAUUGGCCUAUGCAAAGAUAGCAACGAUCCCCGGGGAGUUUGGUCUCUAUUCUAGCUGGCUACCAGCUGCUAUUUACGUCUUCAUGGGAACUUCGAAAGACCUCUCCACCGGGCCAACUUCCAUCAUGGGCCUCCUUACCGCCGAGAUUAUCACGGAUCUCAAGACAGAAGGGUUUGCUGCCCAGGACAUCUCAUCAGCCGUCGCGUUGAUGGUCGGCAUAUACUCGCUGAUUGUUGGACUGCUCAAACUCGGCUUUAUCUUGGAAUACAUUUCAGUCCCUGUUCUUUCUGGAUUCCUGUCUGCAGCUGCUAUUACGAUUCUUUUGGGCCAGGUUGGCUCGCUUGUUGGCCUUAGCGAUGUUCCCUCCGGCACCUCGGCUAUCAUCAGUAACGUUCUGUCACGUAUCCCGGAGAUGGAGCCUCUUACUAUCGCUAUUGGAUUCAGUGGCAUUUUGAUGCUGUACAUUCUCGAAUUCAUUGGAAAGAAGUGGGGAAAGAAGAGCGCAAUAAUCAAAUUCGCCUGCAGUAGCCGAGCGGUCAUCCUAUUGCUCAUCUACACGACAAUCAGUUUCCUAGUCAACAAAGAUAGAGCAGACCCCUUGUGGGCUAUCAGCAAGGUUAAGGCCAACGGUCUUCAAGCGCCAAAGAUUCCUGCCGGAGACCUUGUGUCCAAGGUUACCACCAGAGCAAUCGCCCCUCUCGUAGCUUCAGCCCUCGAGCAUCUGGCCAUCGGAAAGGCUUUUGGCCGAAAGAACAACUACGCAAUCGACGAAAGCCAAGAGCUCUGUUAUCUCGGUAUCACAAACACAAUCAACAGCCUUUUUGGAGCAAUGAGCGUGGGCGGUGCCAUGUCAAGAACAGCUGUGAACUCAGAGUGUGGUGUCAAGAGUCCGCUCAGCGGCGCCUUUACCGCUGGGUUUAUUCUGCUUACCUUGUACAAGCUUUCAGGAGCUCUGUUUUGGAUCCCUAAAGCUACUCUUUCUGCAAUUAUCAUCAUGGCCGUUAUACACAUCAUUGGCCCUGUUUCCGUGUUUUACCGUUACUGGCGAAUUUCGUUCAUGGACUUUGUAGCUUCGAUGCUCUCUUUCUGGGUCACACUUUUUGUGUCUACAGAGAUGGGCAUUGCUUUUGCGGUGUUGUUCAGCAUAGGAUACACCUUGGUUCGAUCCGCAUUCCCGAAGGUCAAGACGUUCUCAGCUACAAGUGGCCAGAAUCGUACGAUUCAGCGAGAGCAGGCGGCUGUGUCUUCUGCUGCAGAAGAUACAUUCGUUCCCGAAGACGCCAUGCUGGUCAGUUUCACCGACUCGAUCUUCUUCCCAAACGCCGGCCGCAUCAAGAAGUCAGUGCUUGAGUCCGUUAAAGUACAGUUUGAACGACAAGAGGUUGGGGAUCAGUCACUGAGCAAAUCAGUCGAUAGGUCUUGGAGUGUGGCAUCGUCUAAACGCAUCGAAAUGUUGCGGAAGCGAGACAACGUCAUGCCCUCGAGCAAGCAGAUGGCUGUCAUGGUCUGGGACCUGACACAUGUCCCCUUUAUCGACGUAACCGGAGUACAGACACUUUCCGAGUUGAAGGAGGAAGCGAAACAGCAUGUAGGAAAACAGAUGUCACUUAGGCUGGUAGGCAUGAACAACAAAGCCCGCCGCAGAUUCUCUCGCGCAGGCUGGAAGAUUGUUCAAGACCGCGAGGUUGACGACUCAACUCCAGAGCACGUCGAUGUUGCGUAUGAGACCAUAGAGGCGGCUUUAUGGGAUAGAGACUUUGCAGUUAGGGACGAAAAGUCAGGACUCCAGGGAAGAGCAUACUACAGCCCCCGAGAAGGGUCUCCAUAG